AAAAAAGGAGGCUGUGGGUCGUUAUAGCUUAAAGACGAUCUUUGUUGCCUCCAUCAGUCUGCAGCAGCAUCCGGAGCUUUCAGCCAUUUUCCACCUGUUUCAUUUUGCUGCCGAACCCGAUCCUCCUCGUCUUCAACACCGGCUGUCGUCACACCCCUCUCUGCUGGACCAGAGGGGUGUUGGGAUGCAGACAGGGUUCGGACAGAUGAGCGAGCAGCACCCGGUAAAUCUGUGCUGGAGUCCGCUAGAGCUGAACCGGGUGAAUCUCAGUUGUGAAGCAUCAUGGGCAGUGGCUGAUGAGCAAACCAACUACGGGCCAACUGCUGACACACCAACUUGGCAUGGAUCAGGCUUUAAGUUUAAAUUCUCUGAAGAAGCUGGCAGCAGAACCAGACUACACUGACGUGACGCUGACAGCAGCAGAGCGUGUGCGAGCUCUGGCAAAAAUGGGAUGUUGCAUAGAGAUUAAUGAGGAUAUCGAACCCAGACGCUACUUCCGCUCCGGAGUGGAGAUGGAGCGCAUGGCAGCAGUUUACCUGGAGGAGGGCAGCCUGGAGAAUGCAUAUGUCCUCUACACCAAGCUCAUCACGCUGUUUGUGGAGAAGCUGCCAAACCACAGGGAUUACACACAGUGUUCGGCCAUCCCAGAAAAGCAGCUCAUCAUGAAGAAACUCCAAGAAGUCGCUUUUCCUCGGAAAGAGGCGCUGAAAAAACGUCUUCAGGAGAAAUACAGCAAGGAGCACUCAGAGUACCUCAGAGUGCAGGGCCAGGCCAUGGUGGUGGAUGGGUGUGGUCAGCACCUGCAGCAGCUCUCUUUGCUGGACGAGGACAGGCAGCGCCUCUUGCUGCUGGAGGAGGAGAAGCAGCGAGUAGCAGCACUGCGACGGAUGCAGAUAGAGUCAGAACAGUUUCGCUACUUUGAGGAUCAGCUGAGGCGUCAGGAGCUGGCUAACAAGAGAGGAGAGGAGGCAGCGCUGAAGGUGCAGACCAAAGUGCCUGAGGUCUCAGAUGGCUGCUGUUUGUCUAAGCAGUCGAUCAAAAGCAGAGUAUAUUCUCAGAGGGUGGACCCAAACAGAAACAGGUCUGUGACUGUGACCCAACCAGUUGCCGCGUUAGCAGGAAUACACAAUCAGAGGGUGGAGGGUCUGAGGCGGGUGGUGAUUCCCAGAGAUUUGACGCAUCGGUUCCUCCUGCUGGCCGAUUCCAACACGGCCAGAGGAAUAGAAACCUGCGGUGUCCUCUGUGGACGGUUGACCCAUAACGAAUUUGUGCUGACUCAUGUGGUGAUCCCAAAACAAUCAGCUGGACCGGAUUUCUGUGACAUGGAGAAUGUGGAGGAGCUGUUUGGAUUCCAGGACCAGCAGAACCUGCUGACAGUGGGGUGGAUUCAUACCCAUCCCUCCCAGACUGCAUUCCUGUCCAGUGUGGACCUCCACACUCACUGUUCCUACCAGCUGAUGCUUCCGGAGGCGCUGGCCAUCGUUUGUGCUCCAAAACACAAUGAUAUGGGUGUGUUCAGACUCACUGGUGCGGGCAUGUUGGAAGUUUCUGGAUGCAGACAAAAAGGUUUCCAUCCCCACUCCAAGGAGCCUCCUCUGUUCACGGAGCUGGCCCAAGUGGUGGUGGAGAGAGAAGUCUUGGCCUCCCUAGUUAGGCCACGACCUUUGUCUGUAAGCACGUGGUGAUCAGGGACUACAAGCUCAACCUGUUGGACCUCAGAUGACAGAAAGAAAGCACUGCCCUUCUGUUUACUGCCAUGCUUUUGUGCUAAAGAGGAAACUGUAAACUCAUUGCCUCAGUGUUUGUGUGAACCUAUCGGCUCCUCUCACAGUGCCACAUCUCUGUUGUUCUGCUUCUUGUAUGUGAUGCAGUAGACUGGGUUUUCUGUACCUAAAAAAAUAUCAGAAAUCAUCAGAAGAUUGAGUGCCUUCACAUUGAAACGUACAGUACAAAUUAUGCUGCAACCCUAUGGACUUUAUAUGAACAUAUAUUUCCUGAAUCUGCUGUGAAAUGUUAUUUUUUUCACUGAUGUUUUAAACACAAUAGACGGGAUUUUCCCCUUUAGUGGUGUUGGAAAAACACCAAAACUUUUUCAAAAUACUGUGUUUUGUUUUUUACUCUGAUCCUGCAUCUGAUCUGUUCAGACUUUGCCUCCAUGUGAGACAUGAGAACAUCAAAUUCAUAACUGAAGAUCAUA